AAAUUUUUGAUAUGAAAACUGUGAAAAUAGAAGUUUUCUGGUCGUUACUUCGAUUUUUUUAUACAAAUGCUCUUGAAAGUAUCUUAUAUAGUCUCACUAAUAAUAUAAUUUGAUAAUUUUAUUCAUUAAUUUACGUAUUUAAACAAUUAUAACAAAAAAAUAUAAAAAGUGCUCGGACUAUAAACAAGUACUAGAAUGCAACGUGAUGAUUUGGCGCCACAUCACAACAUUUGAAUAGCAACGUCAAUACUUUUCAAUACAAAAAAUUUACUCCACUUUGAAAGUGUCUAAUGGCUGAUGAAUACGUUGGUAAAAUGGAUAAAAUACCUUCAACAGAAGAACUACUAGCAUCCAUUGAAGGUAUGGAAGGUUUAAGUGAAGAAAAUAAACGGGAAUUAAGAGAAAGUAUUUUAAAUGGAGCCCUAUUGAAAGAAGCUGAGGAGAUGACUAAAACUACCGCAGAAAAAGUAGCCAGUGGUGAUGGUGGACAAAUGUUAAUUUUGUUUUUAAUGAUUUCCCUUGUUUUUAUGAUAAUUGUAUUUUUUGGCUACAAACUGUAUUCUUCUCUCACGGAAAAGGAACGAAGAAGAGAAGAAAAAAGAAAACUUAAACAACAGAAAAAGAAAAAGUGAAUUCUUGAAAGUUGUACUAUCACAAAUCAUUCCUUUAAGAUUUUAUAUAUAUAUAUUUUUUUUAUUUUUUUAGCGGCUCACUAAUAAUAUAAAGGUUAUAUUUUUUUAUUAAUUGUACACAUUUUCAAAAUGCGUAAUAAUUGAACGGUGAAACACUUGAAACUAAAGGGUCCUUUUUAAAUUAAUUAAAAUUUUCUUUGAUCAAUCGUAUUAUUGUAAUAUUUUAUCCUAUACUGUUUAAACAAAUAUAUUUAUGACAAACUUU